AUGGCUUCCAGUCUUGACAAGCUUGUUGGAAACCUUGUCAAAAAGGGUGAGUCUUCCUUAAAAAAUACAGGAAAAUAUUAUUCUGGAGAAAAGCUUAAAUUAUUGAUGCGAAAGGGUGUUUAUCCUUAUGAAUGGGUUAAUUCGAUAGACAAGCUCGAUAAGUUAUGUCUUCCACCAAAAGAAGCUUUUUUUAGUGUGUUGAGUGGUAAAGGUAUCUCAGAUGAAGAUUAUACUCAUGCUAAAAAUGUGUGGAGAGGUUUUGGGUGUAAGACAUUUCGAGAUUAUCAUAAUUUAUACAAUCAAAGUGAUGUUCUUUUACUAGCCGAUGUUUUUGAAAACUUUCGAGAAAUUUGCAAAGAGAACUACGAUCUUGAACCUUGUUGGUAUUACACCGCACCUGGUUUGGCUUGGGAUGCUUGUCUCAAGUUGACUGAAAUAAAACUUGAGUUGUUGAGUGAUAUAAACAUGUUACACAUGUUUGAAGCAGGUAUUCGUGGUGGUGUCAGUAUGAUUCCAACAAGGUAUUCAAAAGCAAACAACAAAUACAUGGAAAAAGACUUUGAUUGUAAACAACCUUCAAAGUUUAUCACGUAUCUAGAUGCAAAUAAUUUGUAUGGUUGGGCGAUGAGUAAAAAAUUACCAACAGGUGGUUUCAAAUGGGUAAACGAAAAAGAUUUUGACAAAUGGGAGACCUUUCCUUGCAUUCUUGAAGUUGACCUUGAGAGAAUAAAAGACGAGCUUCAAGAUCAUUUUAAUGACUAUCCACCAGCUCCUGAAAAUCUGUUGAUCGGUAAAGUAAAAAAAUUAGUUUGCACGUUAAAUGAAAAAAAGAACUACAUCGUUCAUCAUGAGACGUUGAAGAUGUAUAAAUCACUGGGAGUUGAAAUUGGAAAGAUUCACAGAAUCAUCAGGUUUGAAGAGAGUGCUUGGAUGAAAGAGUAUAUUGAUUUGAACACAAAUUUGAGAGCCAAAGCAGACAACGACUUUGAAAAAGACUUUUACAAGCUAAUGAACAACUCAGUCUUUGGAAAAACCAUGGAAAAUAUUCGAAAUCGUGUCGAUGUCAGACUUGUCACAACAGCUGAAAAGGCAAAAAAAUUAACAAACAAAGUAAACUUCAAAUAUUGUACCAUCUUCUCUGAAGAUUUAUGUGCAAUACACAUGAAAAAAACACAGAUUUACUUCAAUAAACCAUUGUAUUUGGGGAUGAGCAUUCUCGACAUCAGUAAGACAUUGAUGUAUGAUUUUCACUACAAUUAUAUCAAACCUAAAUACCCAGAGAGUAAAUCAAAGCUUCUUUUCACAGACACUGACAGUCUUUGUUAUGAGAUAACAACCGAAGAUUUUUACAAAGAUGUGAUCGGUGAUGUAUACCGUCUAUUUGACACGAGCAACAUUUGA